GUGUAAUGUCAAUAGUUUAUAAGCACAUUCAUGUAUACUAAUGUGGCAUGAAUAAAAGUCAGUCCUAUUACAACCAUCGACUCGUUCACUCAUUUUUCUACACCUCCUGUACCCAACCUUAGAUGGCGACCCCGCCAAACGGACUCAAAUAAAUAAAUACUUAUAAAAUAUAAAAACACCUGUAUAAUGUGCAACUCAAAGGUGGAGAAAGAAGACAUUUUUAUCAAUCAGAAUGGUCAAAACAAUGCCAAUAUAGAACAAUUACAUUGGCAUAUUUCCUCAAUCAAUAUAAUUGUGAUUAUUAUAUGCACAAUUUUGUUACUGGGAGUACUUUACAUAUUCUUCAAAUUUUACAAAAAAUGCCACGAAAAUUGGAUGAGAAGCCAAAUAACCCAGCACGUGCUUCGACGGUCGCGCCGAUCUUCAGGACGAGGACCAGCACUGGAGCGUUCGUGUGAGAACUGCCGUGCUAAACCUUGUGGAUCGUGAUAUUUUAUUAUUCAAGAAAAAACUAUUACAAUUAGUGCAAAGUGCAAGAUGGACAGUGAUGUAUGACGAUUUAUUGAACUUAUAUAACGAACUUUCCAAGAUAAAGGUAUAUUUAGUGAAAAUCGGCCCAAGUCGGAGAAAAGGUGAAAUUAUAUCUAAAAAGUUAAGUGAAGCGGACAAUUUAGUAAGUAAUUUUAAUUCGAUUUUAGAAGAAUUAGCUUCAAUACCAGUAUCUUUUAAGGGUGAUGAAUGCUUACGAUUUGACAAGUUAAGUAAUGAUUUUUUCAAUUUAUAUGAUACUAUUUUAAAAUUGUGUAAUACCGAGUCUUGUGAAAAUUAUAACAAAAUGUCAAAAUUCGAAUUAAAAGUAGCAUUACAAUUACUGCCAGUCAUCGAUGACUCUGAAAUAUCUGUGAAGCAAUUAAUCGAUAAUAUUAUUUACUAUGAUUCUUUGCUUACAAGUCCCGACUGUAAAAAUAAUCUCAUUCAAUUCAUCUUAAAAAGUAGACUAUCACAAAAUGCUAAAUUGCAAUUACAGCCAAAUUACACAGCCAUCAAUGACUUGGUUAGCGAUAUGCGGCGUGUGUUACUGCCACAAAAAUCGCCUAUAGCUAUCCAAAAUAAAAUACAACAGUUAAGGCAAAAUAAUAGAUCUGUACAAGAUUAUGGGAAAGAAAUGUCAGAACUUUUUGUUGACCUUACAAUAUCGCAGUCAAAAGGUGAUUCAAAUGCUUAUGCGGUACUUAAGCCCUUAAAUGUACGCGAUAGGUGCAAUUUUAUCAAACUCGGAUGGACGUCCAGUAGCUUACGCAAGUAG